AUGCCAAAACAGCUUUUAAAAACAACCCAUAAAGUAACAAAACCAUCCACUUUUAAUCCAAGUAAAAAGUUAAUUGUUAAAAUUAAACCUAGAAAACAACCAGUGAAGGAGGAAAUUGAAGAAAAUCAUUAUAAGGUAAUUCGAUCUAUCCUGUCUAAGGACACAACUUAUAUAGAAAUGGUUCUGCAAGCAAUCCGAGAUGUAUUUCCAAGAAAAGAUUAUGAUGAUGGAUCAUUAGCUCCCAUUAUUCUUCGAUUGUCAUGGCAUUGUUGUGCAACAUUUAACAAGGAAACAAAGAAAGGAGGAUCCAAUGGUGCUACUAUGAGAUUUGUUCCCGAAAUUACUGAUGAAGGUAACACUGGUUUAGACAUUGCCAGGGCAGCUUUGGAACCUGUUAAGCAUAAGUUCCCUAAGAUAACAUAUUCAGAUUUAUGGACUUUGGCUGGGAAGGUAGCCAUUGAAUAUAUGGAUGGUCCUAUGAUUACUUGGAAACCAGGAAGAUUAGAUUUUUUAGAUGAUAAAUAUGUUCCACCUAAUGGUAAUUUGCCAUUUGCAUAUAAAGAUGCUAAUCAUAUUCGAGAAACUUUCACUCGUAUGGGCUUUAAUAUUCAAGAAAUGGUAGCAUUAUUAGGAGCACAUACUUUAGGUAGAUGUCAUAAAAGAUUUAGUGGUUGGGAAGGUAAAUGGACUGCUAAUCCCACCAAAUUUUCCAAUGAUUUUUUCGUAGUCUUAUUACAAGAAGAUUGGCAAGUGGGAAAUGUUCCAGAGACAGGGAGAGUUCAAUAUUAUAAUCAAGAUAAAUCAUUAAUGAUGUUAAAUACAGAUUUAGAAUUAGUCAGAGAUUAUGAAUUUUUAAUAUGGGUCAAAAUCUAUGCGGCAGAUGAAACGAGAUUUUUCCAAGAUUUCAGUAAAGCAUUUAGUAAAUUGUUAGAGUUAGGAAUCAUCAGGGAUUCCAAUGGUGAUGUAGUCUUACCAAAUAAUUUGUCGCUGUAA